AGACAACGGACUGCAGCAGGCGUACCGGCCGCCGCCGAGCCGAUCGGCCGACCCGCUCCGGAGCCAGGUGCGGGUGGAGCAGAACCCGACCAUCAGAGUGACACCUAGCGGCGGCGGCGCGAACUCGCAGUACCGUCCCCCACCGCCGGCGGAGAGUCCGCAGCGGGUGCCGGCGGAGCGACUGGUGACCGGAGCUGGGGGCACCACUGCCGGCCGGCCGCAGGUCACACCGAGUAACCCGCCGCAGGCACAGGGCGCCGGACAGAGUAUCGUGGGCGCCCGCCAGCCGGAGGUCACCUACUCCCGAUCAGCGCCGCGCCGCACCUCGGUAGGAUGUAACCGGCGUGCUAUGAAUGCCAGCUUCUCGGUGCUACCUCCUAUCACCCCAACAAGCUCCAGCAAACAGCUCAAGAAGCUGGGCGAGCUCCAGGAAAUCACGCUCAAAAACGAGCUGUACCGUAGCUCUGAGUUGCUUCACGAGAGGCGGGUGCAGCGGAUUCUGAACGAACUGCGGACUCUGGACCGGGACCGGGAUGGCGUGCUGACACCGAGUCACGUCCGCCACACCCUGCACAAACACCAGCUGACGCUGACUCCGGAGGCGGAGGACAGUCUGGUGACAAAGUUCUCCGAGUCGUCGGAGGCCGUUCGUUACGAGAAGUUGAUCCAGUAUCUGAGCUCGGUGCGGCUGGAGGCGAGCAGGACGGUGCCGCCUCAGGGACAGUCGCCGCCGAAAGCGCAGGCGCCGGCUCCGCGGCUCGGCCGUGCGUUUACUGAGCGGGACGAUUCCCGGCUGAAGGAGGACCUGGCCGCCUACCUGAACCUCGACCCCUGGACCUGGACCAGCUCAGCAGGACCUUCUAUGACCUGGACCGCGACAGGAAUGGCUUCCUGUCCACACAACAGUGAGGUGUGCUCUGACCCUCUCACCGGGAUAUAA